AUGCAGGGUUUCCUCCUCAGCUGCCUUGUGGCCCUGGCCACAUGUCAGAGUCUCCGAUAUGAUCUUAGCCUGAAUCCAACCAAAACCUACGAAUAUAAAUAUGAAGGAGUGGUGAGCUUCGGACUCGGAAUCCCAGGCCUUGCUGAAUCUGGGAUGAAAAUAAUUUGCAAAGCCCGGAUCACUGGAACCAAUCCACAAACAUUCCUCCUGCAGAUUUCUGAUUUGGCUUUGGCUGAGUACAAUGGCUUCCCUGGGAAAAAUGGCUACGAUGCCUCUCCGAAGUUGACAAAACACAUCGCUGCUCAGCUCAUCAAACCUUUUGCGUUUGAAUACUCCAACGGACAUGUCGGGGAAAUCCACGCCUCUCCUGAGAUCUCCACCACUGUUGUCAACAUUGUCAGGGGGAUAUUAAGCUUCUUCCAAGUCACUGUGAAGACCACACACAUUAUCUACGACCUAGAGGAGAUUGGAAUCCAUGGCAAAUGUCAGAGUAGUUAUGCCACUGAGGAAAACAUGGAAACAAAGGACAUGACCAUCACUCAGGUUGUAGAUAUUAGUAACUGCAAAGAGAGUACAGCUAUGUAUACUGGGAUGGCAACUUCUGUGGAGGACAAGUUCUCCAAAGAGAGAGGAGAAUCGAUUGCUUCAUCAGUGAGAUACAUUUACACAGUCAAACCAACAGCAGAAGGAGGGCUCAUUACCAGAGCUCACGCUCUGGAGCAACGGCACUUCACUCCCUUCAAUGUCAAGGGUGGUACCUACAAGAUGAAAGCAACGAAAGAACUGGUGCUGCUUGGUGUGAGCGACGCAGCCAGAGCCAUCACAUUUGGACCAUUGGAAAGCAAAGGAAACAUAGUUUACAAGUUUGGAAACGUGGACCUCAAUACCCCCUUUAUGAUGAAUAAACUGGAGAACCCCGUACCGAAGGCUAUUGAGUUGAUAAAGAGUUUGGCUGAGGCCAACAUUUACAGCGUUGACAGCGCGGCAACUGAAGAUUCUAUGAAGUUAUAUAUCCUUAUGCGAGUUAUUCCCUAUGAAGGACUUGAAACUAUGUGGAAGCAGUUAGCCGUAAAUCCAGAGCAGAGGCGCUGGUUUUUGGACGCGACUGUCGAAAUCGGUGAUACCAAAGUCCUUAAAUUCUUUGAAAGUAGGUUUCAAGCAGGGGAUCUGGAUCCAAUUGAAGCUUGGCAAACCUUUUUGAUGGUCAUUGAACAUCUCCAGGUGACCCCUGAGCUGGUUGAACAGGCAAAAGGGUUCCUGACGAUGCCAUUCAGUAAAUCUGAUACCUAUCUGUGGAAUACUGUGGUGCUUUCAUAUGGCUCUCUGGUGUACAAGCACUGUGUCUAUUAUAAACUUUGUGAUGUGCGUGCAGUUCAGCCCCUGCUGGACAUGGCCAGGGAGGCGCUGAGGAGUGGCAACAAAGAAGAUAUGAUUCUCGCUCUGAAAGCUCUUGGAAACGCAGGUCAUCCACGCAGCAUUAAAACCAUCAUGCGUUUCCUCCCUGGAGUUGCGGCCACUCCUGUGGAUCUGCCACUUCGUGUGCAGCGUGAAGCUGUGCAGGCUAUGAGACUCAUAGCUCCCAAAGACCCACACAGUGUUCAAGACAUCACUCUGAGUCUGUUCUUGCAGAAGAGUGUUCCCGCUGAAACACGCAUGCAGGCGUUUAUGAUCCUUUUUGAAACAAAGCCAUCAAUGGCGCUUGUGUCCACAGUGACAACACAUCUACUCAAAGAGAAAGACCUCCAAGUGGCCAGCUUUGCAUACACUUACUUGCAAAGCUUUUCCAGAUCCAGUACUCCAGACAAUCACCUCCUCUCAACUGCUUCAAGUGUAGCUGUGAAAAUCCUUGCCCCCAAAUAUGGUCGUCUUGCCUAUCACUACAGCAAAGCCAUCCGCAUGGACUGGUUCGAUGACAAUUUCCUAAUGGGCACAGCCACAGAAAUCUUCAUGCUAAGAAGUGGAGCCAACAUAAUUCCCACUGAGAUCAUGUCCAAAGGAAAGCUUCAUAUCAUAGGAAGAAUUGUGCAGCUAUUGGAGCUGGGUAUGUAUGCAGAAGGAAUUAAGGAAUUGUUCGGCACCAGCAUCCCUGGAUUUAAAGGAGAUUUUAGCUAUAGCGAUUUGAAGGCUAUAGUCAGUGUGCUUCAGAAUUGGGAGGCUUUGCCAAAUGAUAAGCCAAUCUUUUCAGCACACUCUCGUGUAUCUGGGCAAGAGUGGUUCUACACUGACAUCAGCAAAGAGCUCAUCAGGAAUAUCGUCAUGGCAUUCAGUUCUGCUGCAGGAAAAGCAAGUCCCCUGUGGGCUGUGAUGGAGAACCUGCAGAGAGGAACCUCAUGGCAUUACACACGGCCAUUUUUGGUUUUAGAGGCUCGCUACUUCGAAGCCACCACCCUGGGUCUCCCCGUGGAGAUUAGCAAAUAUUAUAACUCUGUCACCGGGAUCACUGUUAAUGCUAAAGCUUCAUCAAAUCCAUCACCAACUGAACGUCUUGGACAGCUCCUGACCUCGGACAUUUUACUGGAGACAGAUGGUUUUGCCGGAGUCACAAAGGACUUCUAUAUUUUCUAUGGGAUCAACACAGAUCUUUUCCAGUGUGGCUUUGAGACAAGGAACAAAAAUCCCAUUGGUGUACCAUGGAAAUUUGCUGCCAAGAUCAAUAUUGCAGAAAAGAGAUUUGAACUGGACAUCCCCACUCCCAAAGAAGAGGUUAAGCUGUUUUCAAUGAGAUCCGAUGUCUAUGCAGUCUCCAGGAACAUUGAAGAGCUAGAUCAGGCUAAAAGGACACCAAUACUACCCGCCACGUUCGACUCCAAUGAGGAAGUUGUCCAUAUGGAUCCCACUGCAGCGACACCUGAGUUACAAAAGAUCCUGAAGCCAAACACCUGGCAUCCAGCUUCAAAAGUGUGUACUGAGAGUAAUGUCUUUGGAGUGGGUGUCUGUGUGGACUAUGAGAUGAAGAGACAGUUUUAUUAUGAGGAAUACCCUCUGUACUAUUUCCUGGGAUACACCAGCAUGUCACUCCAAGUUGUUCCAGUCCAGGCAAUCAAACCUGUUGACAAAAUCCACUUUGAGCUUAAUGCUGGCUCCAGCAGACAUCCAAUGAGUGUGCGCCAACUGCUUGAGACUCUGAGGAGGCUUUCCAAGGAAGCUACAGAGCGAAUAAAUCUGUUUUCAGGUUCAGCCUCAAGCGCCAGAGGAUCUUCUUACAGCCAACCUGACAUCUUAAUGGAAGGGCGGGACUCAAGACCUGAACCAGUCUUUGUUUUCAAAGCAUUAGCCAUGAGUGGCAACCAGAAGCCUGAGGGUUAUGAUGCAAACUUGUACUACACACCUGAGGAAAACAAUCCGAAUGCCCAACUAAUUGUGUCAGAACUUGGAGUAAACACGAACUGGAAGAUGUGUGUCGACUCUUGUGUGGGUUCCCAUGCCGAGCUAAAGACACAUGUGAGAUGGGGAGCUGAGUGUCAGACCUAUGAAAUGUCAAUGAAAGCUGCUGCUGUUCCCAGUUCUAAUCCAACUCUCCUGGCCAAAGUACACUGGACUAAAAUCCCAGAAUACAUGCAAGAGAUUGGCACAAGAGUUGAAAGCUACAUCCCUGGUGUAGCUUUCCUUCUUGGCUUCUACCAGGAAAAUGAGAGAAAUGCCGAGCAGGAGUUGUCUUCAUCGGUUUCUGUUUCCUCAGCAGACAGCAUUGACGUGAAGAUUAAGUUCCCAGAGUAUACAAUAUACCGGAAGGCUAUAUCAUUCCCAGUGCCGUCUGGCAGUUACCAACACAAGACAAACGCAACAUUAGAGUAAUUUGGACGAGCACAACAAUAUAACGAUGGCAAAGCCCAGAUGGGAGCCAGAUGUCCAAUGUGUCAUUGUAGAGACAACACCGGAAAAACAAAUCUCACCACUGUCUGGAAAGUCAUGAUUAUAUUAUAUAAUGUGUAAAGAUGUAAUAUUAAUGGGUCAGGACUGGAUUUAUUCAUUUGACAUCAUAUUAAGAUUUGAACAUUGUAUGUGUGUGCUUGUGAAAAUCUUUUAAAUGCUGCAUUA